AUGAUAAAAAACCAGAAAGUGAGUGUAGAGCUCUUCUCUCUUCUCUCUUCUCAUUUCUUCUACAUGUGCUCUCUCUCUCUCUCUCAAGCUCUCUCUCUCUCUCUCUCUAAAGCUCUCUCUCUCUCUCUCAAGCUCUCUCUCUCUCUAAAGCUCUCUCUCUCUCUCUCUCAAGCUCUCUCUCUCUCUAAAGCUCUCUCUCUCUCUCUCUCUCUCUCAAGCUCUCUCUCUCUCUCUCUAAAGCUCUCUCUCUCUCUCUCUCUCUCUAAAGCUCUCUCUCUCUCUCUAAAGCUCUCUCUAAAGCUCUCUCUCUCUCUAAAGCUCUCUCUCUCUCUCUCUAAAGCUCUCUCUCUCUCUAAAGCUCUCUCUCUAAAGCUCUCUCUCUCUCUCAUCUCUCUCUCUCUCUCUCUCUCUCUCUCUCUCUCUCAUCUCUCUCUCAUCUCUCUCUCUCAUCUCUCUCAGUUUCUCUGUUGUGUUGUCUGUCGUUUCGCUGGACGGGGGGAGAUGAGUGGUCGGUCACCGCCACCAGGGUAUGGUGGCUCUGCGGAGGAGCGGCAUCGGAGUCGUGAGCGGGGUCACAGCCGUGAGCGGGGUCAUGAUCGGGAGGAUCGUGCUUCGCGCCGGCGCGACUAUGAUGACCGGGACCGGGACCGGGACCGCGGCCAUGAACGUGAUCGCAGCGCUGACCGUGGUAGUGGCCGCGGUGACUAUGGCCGCGGUGACUAUGGCCGCGGUGACUAUGGCCGUGGUGACUAUGGCCGCGGUGACUAUGGCCGAGGUGACUAUGGCCGCGGUGACUAUGGCCGCGGUGACUAUGGCCGCGGUGACUACGGUCGGGGGGACGACCGCUCACGAGAUGGAGAGCGUCGUGAAACGUACGAUGGUCCCAAGUUCAGACCCCAGGAACGGCAUCGAGGAGAACGAGACCCCUCGGCCAGUCGUGAUCGCCGUGAACAAGACCAGGACCGCGAUGGUGCAUCUAUUCAAAUGGUUGAACCCGCCGAGGACGGCCAUGUCAACAUUGAGGAAGCACUUGAGGUGGACGAGGUCGAUGUCAUGAGCGCCAUGGGUAUCGCUGGCUUUGGGACAACCCAAGGCCAACAUGUCAAAGGCAAUGGCGAAGCCUUUGUCAAGCCCCAGCGAAAGAAGGCUCGUCGAUUCCGUCAAUACAUGAACCGUAAGGGUGGUUUCAACCGCUUCUUGGACAACAUUCAAUAGUGGGCUGACCCGAGUGCAGAGGAGGACAGCCAAAGGCCGGAACCAGCAUCGUAUUCCUGCUCCUGCAUUUUUUUUUUCACUGCCACCACGAUUGACAUGCAAAUGGGCUCGGAAGCAGUGCUGGUCCAAAGAGAGGUGCAACGAACAAUUGUAACAAACAAAAUGUC